AUGAGGUCCUCAUGCAGACAAGAGGAAGAAGAAAUGGAGAAUGAAGAAAUUGGUGAACAAGAAAUAGAUGAAGAUUUGGAUGAAGAAUUUGAUGAAGGCAUUAAGAUUUUACUUAUGGAAACUCAAACAUUAAUACAGGUGCUACAUCAGUCAGAGGGGGAUGAAGGACAUAUGGAGCGUCCGCUAACUCGACGACGAAUUACUACCGUUGGAUAUGAUUAUAUACAUCAGGCAUUGAACGAGGAUCCCGCAAUUUUCCGACAGGACACAAGAUAUAUUUGUGUUGAAGAAAUGCUAGCAGCAUUUUUACAAGUUGUCGGUCAAAAUUCUAGAUAUUGUGUCAUUCGUAAAACAUUUGGGCGAUCACAAUUCGCCACAAGUGAAAAUUUUCACAAAGUUUUGAGGGCUUUGAAUACAAUAGCAUCUGAGUUGAUGGCUAAACCAGGAUCGGGAGUGCCAUCUAAAAUAAGAGAAAGUACAAGGUUUUAUCCUUAUUUCAAGGAUUGCAUUAGAGCUAUUGAUGAGACACAUAUUCCAACAAUAGUGAGGGUACGCGAUGUCAACAACUAUCGUAAUCGACAUGGAAAUAUAUCCCAAAAUGUAUUAGCGGCUUGCAAUUUUGAUUUGGAAUUCAUGUAUGUCCUUAGCGGAUGGGAGGGUUCGGCUCAUAAUUCAAAAGUGUUAAGUGAUGCUCUAUCAAGGAGGAAUGGUCUUAAAGUUCCUCAAGGUCAUGGUUGUGAUCCUGAAAAUGAAAAUGAGUUGUUCAACCUUCGCCAUGCGUCCUUAAGGAAUGUGAUCGAGAUGAUAUUUGGUAUUUUUAAAUCGCGAUUCACAAUUUUUAAGUCAGCUCCUCCAUUUCUAUUUAAAACACAAGCAGAGAUAGUGUUGGCAUGUGCAGCAUUACAUAACUUUCUUCGUAAGGAGUGUCGUUCCGAUGAAUUUCCUAUUGAGCCAACUGAUGAAUCUUCAUCAUCUUCAUCCUCAUCAAUACCAGUUGAUGAAGAGGACAAUUUUGAGCAGAUUUAUCAAACCCAAGACCAACAAAGAGAGGAUGCUAAUACAUGGAGAGCUAGCAUAGCUUCAGCUAUGUGGAGAGAUGUUAUCUAG